AGAUUAUAUGGAAUGGAAAUUAAACCUGCUUCGCUAAUAGAGCAAAGUAGUGCUCUUGUUGCAACGUUUUGUACUUAACUAUCAAAGGCACGCCACAGACAUAAUGCGCCUCCAUUUGAGUCUUUUUCUUCUAGGCAUUGUAUUGGUACUUGUGUCAGCACAGAAUGAUGGGAAAUAUAGACCAUCACCUAGUGAACUAACCACUCAGCGGCCACGCUACCGGCCGUACGUUGAUGGGAGAUACCUGCAGUAUCCGUACAGCCCUUAUCGUUACACGAACGAUCAGCGAUAUUACAACCGAAACGAUGGUCGCUAUAAUCCGGUCAACGAUGGUAGAUACGUACCAAGGAAUGAUGGCCGUUACGUGCACGUAGACAACCGGUACAAGCACAUCGAAGGACCCAGCGGCAGUGCGGCUGGUCGUCAAGGAUCUUCGGGAGGGGCCGGUGGUGGAGCUGGUGGUUCAGGUGCUGGAGGAGUUCCAGUAGCCAGUAGAGCAGACUUCAAUGCAGCCGAACCUAGUACAACUACAUCACCGCCAUCUACAUCACCACCUACCCCUGUACCAACGCUAGCCAGAAUUGCUCAGGUUAAGGUGGCUCCAAAACCAGCCUACGCUCCAGAUGGAUGGAACAUCAUUCGGCUAGAAAAUCAGGUUGAAAAAGAUGGGUACCACUAUGUAUUUGAAACGGAAAAUGGCAUCUUGGCCGAAGAGGCGGGACGCAUCGAAGACAAGGGCACGGCCACGGAAGGACUUCGUUCGCAAGGUUUCUAUCAGUACGUCGGUGACGAUGGAGUCGUCUAUCGUGUCGAUUAUGUCGCCGAUGGGAAUGGUUUCCUGCCGCAGGGUGAUCAUAUACCGAAGGUACCGCCAGCGAUCGAGAAACUGCUGAAAUAUUUAGCCGCACAGCCAAAGUGAACAGCUUUACAGAAGCAAUCAAAUUGAGAGAUGUUCAUUUGGGCGUUUAUACUUAAUAAAAGAAAUAAACUAAAGGACAAAUUGAA